UGGGCGGUGGCGUGAUAGCGGGCGGUCCCGGCGGCCGCCGCGGGGGAGGGGCGCAAAGAUGGCGGACGUGGUCGUGGGCAAAGACAAGUGCGGGGAGCAGCGGCUCGUGUCGCUGCCCCUGUCCCGCAUCCGGGUCAUCAUGAAGAGCUCCCCCGAGGUGUCCAGCAUCAACCAGGAGGCGCUGGUGCUCACGGCCAAGGCCACGGAACUCUUUGUUCAAUAUCUAGCCACCUAUUCCUACAGACAUGGCAGUGGAAAAGAAAAGAAAGCACUCACUUACAGUGAUUUAUCAAAUACUGCAGAGGAAUCGGAAACUUUUCAGUUUCUUGCAGAUAUAUUACCAAAGAAGAUUUUAGCUAGUAAAUAUCUGAAAAUGCUUAAAGAGAAGAGAGAAGAUGACGAGGAAGAGCAUGACAACGAUGACAGUGAUGAUGAUGACGCGGAAUCCUAAACCAAAAAAGUGCUUUAAAAAUCAACCUGGUGAAGACCGUUCUGGAUUGGCACCAUUACUUUGAAGUAAGCACAACACUGUGUGACUUUAGUCUCCUCGAUUUUCAGAGACUUCAAGUACAUUGUAUUCUUUCCUGGCUGAGAUAGAGCAUCUGAGGCACCUAUACCAUAAAUAGCCAAAAGGAAAGUAACCCAGACAACGGCCUCUCUUUGACAGGUCCCCGCUGCAGUUGGAGGGUACCAAGAAAGAGUUGUCUGUACAGUCAGGCACUGCCACUCAAUCUGCUGCAGCUAUAAGCAGCAGAGGCAAAGACAAUUUUGCUUAACUUUUAAAUUUACAGAUAGAUUUUGAAGAGCUUCUAAAUAUCAUUUGUGUAAAUUCGUAUAUGUAUAUUUUGAAAUCCUUAUAAACAACUAGAUCCAGUUUUAGCUAAAUAUGUAGUUUAUGCGUAGUAUGUUACAUUUCAGUUUUUGUAUUUCAAGAAAAUUUGACUAUUUGUCCAAAUACUGCAUUUUUUUAACUGUAAAGAAAUAAAUUUUUCUUUUUUAUUAAAAGUUGUACAUAGUUUUACAGUAAAAUGCUUUAUGAAACUA